CUUGACACCAACAUGAGGUUCAAGUUCUCGAUCGUGGCUCUUCUUCUGGAAGUGAUCAUCAUUGUUCUGUUUGGGAUAUUUGUGGAAUAUGACAACAGUGAUGCCUCUCAAACUUCAUACCCACGAGAUUGCAAACAAGAGCAAGUAAUGUGCUGAAUGCCAACAAACUACAACUCCUCUGGGAGACUGGGAAAACUUUCUUACCUGGAGCUGACUACCCUGAAUGGGCAAAACUAAAACUUUAUUGGAAAGUCCAUGGCAUAGGCUCAUUAAAUAAUAGAAAGAGCAGAAUCUUUCAGGAUGUCCAUGUGAUGAUAUUUGUUGGAUUUGGUUUCCUGAUGACCUUUCUGAAGAAAUAUGGAUUCAGCAGUGUUGGUAUCAACAUGCUCAUUGCUGCCUUCGGCCUCCAGUGGGGAACCCUGAUGCAAGGAUUUUGGCACAUGAAAGAAGGGAAAAUUCGUGUUGAUAUUAAAAGCAUGAUAAAUGCAGACUUCAGUACAGCAACUGCUUUGAUUUCAUUUGGAGCAGUCCUGGGGAAAACAAGUCCUGUUCAGAUGCUAAUCUUGACAGUUCUGGAGAUCACAAUCUUUGCAUGCAACGAGCACCUAGUUACAGAAAUACUUCAGGCCACAGAUGUUGGAGCCUCAAUGACUAUCCAUGCUUUUGGAGCUUAUUUUGGUUUGGCCGUAACCCUAGUCUUGUAUCGUCCUGGUUUGAAAAACAAACAUGAAAAUGAAGAAUCUACCUAUCAUUCGGACAUGUUUGCCAUGAUUGGUACCCUGUUCCUUUGGCUUUUUUGGCCCAGUUUUAACUCUGCCAUUGCAUCUGAUACAAUUCACCAGAUGAAAGCCAUUAUCAACACUUACUAUUCCUUGGCUGCAUGUGCUGUCGUAACGUUUGCCCUCUCCAGCUUGGUGGAUCAAAGGGGCAAAUUCAGUAUGGUUCUCAUUCAAAAUGCCACCCUGGCAGGAGGAGUAGCAGUGGGUACCUGUGCUGACCUGUCGAUCCACCCUUUUGCUGCCAUGUGCAUUGGGAUCAUUGCUGGAAUCAUCUCCGUCCUUGGGUUCCACUUCCUGACUCCUUUGUUGGCAUCCAAGCUGCACAUUCAAGACACUUGUGGAGUUCAUAAUUUACAUGGUUUACCUGGAAUACUGGGCGGUAUCGCUGGCAUCAUAGUAACUGCCAUAAAAGAAGAAGCUAGGCAAAGUGUCCGAUUUACUCCUGGCAAGCAGGCUGCUGCCCUGGGCAGUACAAUUGGAAUUGCACUGGUGGGUGGAGCAUUGACAGGUGGUAUUCUAAAGCUGCCCUUCUUUGGACAAGCAUCCGACCAGAACUGCUUUGAUGACUCUGUUUAUUGGGAGGUUCCAGAAGAGGAGAAACUACAUGAAAUUCACUCCAACAACCAUGAUGAGCACAGCAGAUUUGAAGCCACCAUGUAGAAAAAUAAUUCAGCUGUAAUAUUUGUCCUAAUGAUGCUCUUUUCAGUUUCUAAAACUGAAAAACAUCCAAGUAUUGUCCUAACCAUACUAGGUUUUCAAGAAGGGGCUAUAGAUAGCUAUAUUUUUGUAGUAUAAAACAAACUUGAUAUAUAGUCAUUAUGCUAAGCUCAGGUGAAUUAAUUAGAUCUUUCCAAUAUACCCACCACAGACUGCUCUACAAAAUUAUCUGUAUUUUACCUUUUGUCGUCACUGAGUCAAUAUAGCCAUUGAAACAACCUUUGUGUUUCAAGCCUAUUACAGGAUAGGCUGAUAGGAAAGAUUUCUGAGUUACAGUCACAUCCUUCAACUGCAUAUGGGUAAUCAAGAAGAAAUGGCUUGAUAUUGUUUAUUUGGAUUCUAACAAGUUUUUCACCAGAGCAUCCCAGAUUAACUUUUUUUAGAAAGUGUGUUGUCCUAUUUUUGGGUGGGGGACAAAAUGUACUAUAUUUUGAAGAUUGGUUAUGACAGGAAACAAAAUGUUGAAAUCCUUUUCAAGGAAAAGUGCAGAAUAUAGCGAUUUAUGAGUUAUAGUAUCAAGAGUCCUUGUUAAUAUGUUUAUCAAAAGAGAGGAGAAAGUGAAAUGAUGAAAAAUGUCAUUAUUGGUAUAGAUUUAUUUAGACUGUUUCAAGGACACAGUAAGGGAAUUAAGUAGGAGCUGUGAAAAACGGGUAAUUACAUAGAAGUAUUAUGUGAUAUGUCUUAUUAUGUCCAACAGCAAUAAGUGGAUAUUAGCACUGGUAAUGUGAAUAGGUAUAAACUGAACCAAAAGCUAGCUCCAAGAAAAAGCAUGAGCUGUUAGGAAUUGGUCAGAAAGCAACUAUGUUCAGCCUACAGAAGACCCAGUGGAGAAUUUCUGUGCGGUGAGUUGCCAUCUUUGAAGUCAUUGCCUCCUAAAACAAGAGAAAGCAUAAAGAAGAAAAUUAAAGCUAAAUUAAGGUAAAUUAGCUCCACUUGAGAAGUGAUGAUAAUGGCUGUCCAAUUAAGAAAGACAAAAAAUGAGGUAUCUGAAGGAACUCUGUGAGAUGACAGCAGCUGGGAGCAGAGUCACACAUAUGUGCCUACCUACAUGGGGUGAUGCAUUGGGAAGCAAUGGAUAGGAGAUGAAAAUCUAACAGAAGGAUCACAGUGCCUCUAGGCAUUAUGCAGACACAGAAAGAUACCACUGAUGUCUCAGGACAAGCUACAGUGCAUGAACUUUCAAGACUUUUUUAUAUUAGCAUCUUAUUUCAAUUCUUACUUAUCAGAUUUAAGGUGAAAACUCCUCUUAUAAAAAUAGCACAGAUAUUUUCAGUUCUGCUGAUGUAUUUUUCCUUGAAAAACUUUAGAAAAAUAUAAGGCAGGGCUGUCCCGUAUGUUAUAUCAGCUGUAUACUGCUAUAUAUGUCAGAUUUCUGUCUAUGAAUGAAAAUACAUUUGUCGUAACACACUUUAGUUCAGCUAUGCUCUUUUGCAGAUGUGCAAUGUCUGACUCUUUUCUACCUUGUUGGCUAUAAGACAUCUUUUAUCCUUUCAAAGCUUUCACACAAUCAUUUUUGUAAAACCUGAGAAAGCAUUUAGCAAUGUAAAUAUUGCCUAUGUAAAGAUUUUAGAAGUAUUUUGUGCAUAAUUUAAAAACACAAAGUAUUGAAGUGCUUUACAGACUGUAAAAAUCUUAUCCUUGAUAUACGAAGUUCACCCCUCAAAAUCCUACUUGGGGAUUCAGAGGGUCUUUCAUUCACCUACAGCCGUGAGGUAAUUUCACUGAUGGUGAGUGUUGACCACAAAGGUGAAAGUGAGUGAAAAAGUACCACUCACUGUGAGUAAAUCUUUCAGAAUGAUGCCCUCAAUAGUUAUCUUUAGUCCUUUAAAACAAAAGGGGGGUGGGGGGAAAUAAACUAUGCAGUUUUGUUCUCUGUUUCUCAUAAUCUUUCCAUAGUAUCCCAGACUCUCACCAACUAAGUACUCAUUAUUGUCCUCUGCCUUUUUUCAGAAGGUUAACCCUCCAGAGAAAUCAGUCCUUCAGGUUUUCUUAAAAAACAGAGUAGGGAUAUAGAUCCCUUUACAUGGUGAUUUAUUCCACCUAACCUAGAUAUCAUUUUCAGGAAAUUCUUUGUUUCCUUCUUGACCAAGAAGGACCCUGGAAGUAGGGCCUGUAGUGAUAGGACAAGGAGUAAUGAUUUUAAACUAAAAGAGGGUAGAUUCAGACUAGAUGUAAGGAAGAAAUUUUUUACAAUGAGGGUGGUGAAACACUGGCACAGGUUGCCCAGGAGGUGGUAGAUGCCCCAUCCCUGGAAACAUUCAAGGUCAGGUUGUACAGGGCUCUAAGCAACCUGAUCUAGUUGAAAAUGUCCCUACUUACUACAGGUGGGUUGGACUAGAUGACCUUUAAAGGUCCCUUCCAACCCAAACUCUUCUAUGAUUCUAUGGUUCUAAGCCUAGCUUAGCCUGGGAAACUAUAUUUUAGAUGGCUAAAACCAUGUGAGGAGUAUAUGACUUUAACAACUGGAAGAGGGAUUACAAAUGCAUCUCUGAAAAAAGCUUCGAUAGGUCCAUUCUGAUGUUCACAAUACUCAAAAACUAGCGAAUAAUACAGAAAAAUCAUUAGGACAAUUAAAAAUGUAAAAAGCAUGUGUUGUAAAAACAUCAAAUAUGAAAUAAGACUGGAAGUGACCUCUUGAACAACAUAGUGCACCCAGAUGACUAAACCCUCAUGUGAAGUUAAGUUAAAUGAACAGGACGUGAGAAACUACAGACUAAUGUAUGAGAAAAUUGCUGGAUGUGACAGGAAACUAUAUAACAUUCUGAAAAGAAUUACAGGUAACACCAUGAAAAAUGAGUUAUAUGAGAAAUGGCCUAAUAGCACAGAUAAUUGUAGGGGAGAAUUGGGGACCUUCUGGAGAGCAUAAACUUGAAAGGCCAGCAGUGCCCCUGUAAGCAUAGCUGAAAUACCAAACUCAGGUACAGAUGUAGCAAAUCUGAGACAAAAAAAAAAUUAAUUAGUAGUGGGCAAAGAUGGGGAAGGCAAAGAAAUAGGAAAAGGGACAACAAGGUAUGAAAAAAAACCUGCAAUGAGGGCUGUCUGGGUAUCAGGCAGUCCUGAGAGAGAUCACUGCAGCCCAGAGCAAGACAAUAAACCAAAUCUCUUGCUUUGAUCAUCCACGCAUAUUUGAUUUCCUCCUGUGGUCUCCCUGUGGUCUCUCCACCCUGCUAUGGUGGAGAGCUGCUGAUCAUGCACAACCCAAAAUCCACUCAUUACCCAUGGUCAGAAGCCUUAGACAAGUGCCUCAGCUCAAGACAGAUAAAUCCAGGCCUUAUGGUUUGACCACCCUGUAUGAAAAGGUUGGACACAGAAUUUUCCCAGCAUGUUUCAGACUGCUUUUCAAUCCAAAUAGACUCUAUGCAACAGAAGGUGCACAAAGAUCGCUCACUUCCAUACUUCAGAGGUCAGUGGCAUUUGGUUCUCUGUCUGAGGGUAUUUUCUUCAGUUGGUUAUCUCCAAAUUAAUCAAAACUUUGAAUACCCUGAGUCAGUAGAGCUUCUUUUGUGCAUACUUACAACUUAGGUGUAAUAUGUUACUGGACACUAUGGGGAGCUGUCCAGACUUAGUGAAGCUUAAAAUGUUUUGCUGAGAACCCUUUUGCUCACCAAUGACGAGCCAUACACUGGUGGAAAGGAAAGGAAAGGAAAGGAAAGGAAAGGAAAGGAAAGGAAAGGAAAGGAAAGGAAAGGAAAGGAAAGGAAAGGAAAGGAAAGAGUUAAACGAGAUAUAGGGUGGAGGAUGGGACUGAAAAGUAAACCAAAGUUAAAGUACAACUACUCCAAAUUAGAGGUUCAUGAUGACUAGCAUUUCUUUUCUUUUUCAUAAAAGACUGACAAUGUCUUAUCCUCUCCAAUAACCACUGAAUGUCUUACCUUUGUUCUCACCUUGACUUGUUUUUACAUGAAAAGCUUAAGUAAGUAAAAAGUUAUUCAGUAUCAACACUUAUUAAGCUGUGCAUAAAAAAUCUGAAAGAGUUAAAUGGCAACUGUGUGUAAAUUUCCACUUGAAAUUAGAUUCCACCAUCAGGAUGUUGAAAGCUCUUAGACUGUCAUUCUCAGAAGAAACCUUAGGAGACUGUUCAUAUUUUUCAAAUUAGCAUUGUUUAAAAGAUAUUUUCUGUACCUAGUUCUAAUCAGAAAACAGAUCUCUUUCUCUGUAAAGGUCAAACUGACAGAAUUCACUGGGAUUGGUGGUUUUCUAACUGAAAACUACAAAUUUUAUCUUUCUAAUGCAGUGUAUCUUUUUUGUGUGUGUGUGUGUGGUUUUUUUUAAGAGACUAAAUACAGAUAGAUUAAAUUUUAAUGAAAUUAAACAAAGGCAUUAGACUUAAAAAAUAAAAA